AGGGGCAGAUAAGAGCGCUAUUAAAAGGACGCACGCCGCCGGCGCGCCUUCGCUUCGCCGCAGGCUCGAAACCCCCAAGCCCUCGCCAUGACUUUCAACGGCAGCUGGAAAGUGGACCGCAAUGACAACUAUGACACGUUCAUGGAGAAAAUGGGCGUCAAUUUGGUGAAGAGGAAGCUGGCCUCCCACGACAACUUGAAAAUCACCAUCGAGCAGAACGGAGACAAGCUCCACGUGAAGGAGAGCAGCAAUUUCCGCACCCUGGAAAUCGACUUCACCCUGGGGGUCAACUUCGACUACAGCCUGGCCGACGGCACGGAAGUAUCUGGUGCAUGGACGCUGGAGGGCGAGACGUUGAAGGGCACCUUCACCAGGAAAGACAACAACAAGCAGCUGACAACCACCAGAGUUGUGCAAGGGGAUGAGCUCAUACAGAGCUACUCCUACGAAGGCGUGGAUGCCAAGAGGAUUUUCAAAAGGGCUUAGGUUGAAUAAACCUCGUGGGGGGGUGGCGGGGGGGUUACACAGAAUGUUGUGUGGCGUACUGUAUACCGGCGCAACAUGUACAAAGUGCACUGUGUCAUGCCUCAGGUAUGUACAAAAAAAAAAAAAAAUGUCAUUG